AUGAAACUAUCACAACCACCACCACUACUUACCAACAACGAACAAACCACCGCCGUUUCAGCCGUUAAAUCUUGCGGCGGCCGCGGUAGAGAAACUAGCUCCACUACGAGGCAUCCAGUGUACCACGGAGUCCGAAAACGCCGAUGGGGAAAAUGGGUUUCCGAAAUCAGAGAGCCCCGGAAAAAAUCUCGGAUUUGGCUCGGAUCUUUUCCGGUGCCGGAGAUGGCGGCUAAAGCUUACGACGUGGCGGCUCUUUGUCUAAAAGGAAGAAAAGCUCAGCUCAAUUUCCCCGACGAAAUCGACGAUCUACCUCGACCGUCCACGUGUACGGCCAGAGAUAUCCAAGUCGCUGCGGCCAAAGCGGCCAACGCCGUCAAGAUCAUUAAAACGGGAGAUGAUGACGUGGCGGAUAUCGACGGUGGGGAUGAUUUUUGGGAAGGCAUAGAGCUACCGGAGCUAAUGAUGACCGGAGGUGGUUGGUCUCCGGAGCCUUUCGUGGCCGGAGAUGAUGCCACGUGGCUGGAAGACGGAGACUUGUAUCAGUAUCAGUUCAUGGCGUGUCUGUGA